UUACUUUCUGCAGCAAAAAGAAUCGCCGCACAACGGAGUAAUGAAGCUGUUGCUUGCGACCAUUUCAGGAUGUUGCCACAGCAAAAUAUAUUUUUUUACUUGAUUCUUAACCGUACAGAUUAAUUUCUGGAGCUUCAAAAGACGAUAAGAUGUAUUUUGAAAUGCCUGCUACUUGUUCGUGGAUCUCAGAGCAUAAAAAGAAAAGUGAGCAACGUGCCUGAGUUCUGCAGAGACCUUGGAGAUGAUUCCUUGAAGCCACAAGGAUGCCUGGCUGUUUUAAAAAGACUUUAUUUGCCUUGGCCUCUAUAGUAAGUUUUGCAUCUUUUAUCUUGAUUGUCGUUGCAAUGGGGACCCCAAAGUGGAUAACUGGAAAGAUCCUUUGCAAAACUGGAGCUGAAUUGGUCAAUGCAACAGAUCCGGAGCUGGUCAAGUUCAUUGGAGAAAUUUCCUAUGGGCUGUUUCGAGGCAGCAAAAUUCGCCAGUGUGGGUUGGGCGGGCGGCGUUCCAAGUUCACAAUUUUCCCACACAUGGUGAAAAAGCUGAAUACAGGCCUGCACGUGAUGAUUAUUCUGUUCCUCUGUGUGGCCAUUUUCUUUUCCUUGAUUAGUUUUGGAUUCUGCAUUCUUAACACAGUAAAAGUUCCUUACCGGGCUAUUAAAGGUCCAGCAGGAGUAUGUCUUUGGAACUUCCUUGCAGGUGGAUGUAUAGUACUUGCAGUCACCAGCUUUAUGGCUGCUGUGAAACUUCAUCACCUCACAGAAAGAAUUGCCAAUUUUCGGGAAAAUGGCUUUCAAUUUGUUAUCUUAGAAGAACAGUUUGAAGACUGUUUUUGGCUCUGUGUGGCAAGCGCCACAGCACAUGCAGUAAAUUUGCUGCUAAUAGCCAUUAGUGGGAUUAACUUCCCUGAAAUUAAGACUAAACCAGAAGAAGCAAAUGUUACAGCAGAAGAUAUCAUGUACUAA